AUGUCCAACAUACUCCAGCGAUCAUCGAUCAGGGGAGGACUGAUAAAGCAAUGUGUGGCUUUCCGCCCUCGCCCAAGCCGUUCCCGACAAUUAACACUUAUUCCUGAUUGGCGAAAUUCAACGGCGCGAUCCAGUUACUCCGCCACUCCUUUUUCCAUCCAAAGGCGACUCUUUAGCCAGAAGAUAGAACGGGUACCAGUAGGAAACGGGGUAGAGGAGCAGAUUCAAACCGAAGAGCCCGAGUCUCCGGAAGAGAUGGAAGAAGAUAUACCCACAACCGAGAAAUGGAAACAAGUUAUCGAGGCUAUCGAGAACACCACGAAAGAGUCCCUUGGCGCUAGCCCACCUUUCGAUGCGUCUUCACCUGAAGUUUUCCAGACCUACUGGCGAGAUGUUUUCCGUCGUUUACGAAGCUCUGUUGUUGCCGACAACAUGAUACCGGAAUUCUUAACAGACCCGCCUGUGAAGAAGUUCUCAAUAACAUUUAUGGAUGUCAUUCAUGGACUGGGAUGCGCGUGCUGCCACCCCGACGAGGCCGAGGCCAAUGUCACGCUAGAGAAUGCUACGGGCGUUACAAAGGCAGAUUUGAUGGAUGGCGUGAUCGAGCAGUUGUACGGCGAGAAGCUUCCACGCGUUUACACGGAGCCUGAGUAUCUGUUUGAUACCCGCGACCGCGAGCCUAGCGACACUGAGAGUGAUGAUGAAGGGUACGAUCUUGAUGAUAUCUCUUUCACGGAUGACUCAGGCGUUGUGGUUUAUGACACUUCUUGGAUCAGUGCUGCUGGGAAGCGGGAUGGAAACAAUCUCGCAUAUUCGGAAGAACCGCAGAUAUACUUCUACUGCUGUAAACCAGAGAAGUACCAUGAAUUCAAAAGGCUCUUGGGCGAGGCUAUCGAGCAGAUGAACAGAGAUCAUGCGGAACGCCGCAGCCAGUCUAUCACUGCGGUAGAACCAACCUAA